AUGUUCCUAAUCACCUUGGAUGUAAAGUAUCUCCGGAUAUUUCUAACUCACCCUGUCUUUAAUUCCAUACCGAAAAGUAUCUUUUUAUUCCUACUCAUGUGUCUGAUCAUGUUAUGCAUUGUCAUGACCAAGAAAACCUCAUCCAAUGUUUACUUGAUAGAUUUUGCCUGUUACAAGCCUCCGACUUCUCAAGGAUGCUCAAAGGAGCAUGUUCUGAAGCAUGUAAUCAAUCACAACGGACAUUUCUCCGACGAGAUGCUGGAUUUUAUGAAGAAGGGUUUUGAAAGAUGUGGCCUUGGUGACUCAACUUAUUUGUCCGAGACCUAUUUUGAGCAAUGUUACAAACCAUUAUUGAAAGAUUCCAUAAGGGAGGUCGAGAUGGCUAUCUUUGGCUCGGUAGACAAGCUUUUAGCAAAAACAGGAGUAAGAAGUGAGGAUAUUGGGAUCCUGGUUGUGAAUUGUUGUAUUUAUAACAUUGUUCCGUCUCUUUCUAGCAUAAUAAUAAACCGAUAUAAGCUUAGAGAUAACACGGUCACCUACAACCUCUCUGGGAUGGGAUGCAGUGCAGGACUUUUGGCAAUCAUCCUUGCUAAACAUCUCCUUCAGGUGCACCACAACUCAUACGCAUUGAUAGUAAGUACAGAGAGUAUAACCGAAAAUAUGUACUUAGGAGAAGAUCGUUCCAAGCACCUUACAAACUUUGUGUUUCGUGUUGGAGGUGCCGCGAUCCUCCUCUCUAACCGCUCUUCCGAUCAUAAUAUAUCUAAAUACAAGCUUCUUCACGAUAUACAUACCAACACAUCAAGUUCGGAUCGAUCUUACAACUGUAUCCUCCGUGAAGAAGAUAACGCUGGAAUUGUUGGCGUCACCAUCAACAGUGACCUAAUCGUAGCCGCCAUUGCCACCAUCAAACCUAAUGUAACCAAAGUAGGAUACCUAGUCCUUCCAAUAAAAGAAAAACUAUUUUAUGUAGUAACUUACAUCACAAGGAAACUAAUUCCAUCAAUCAACGUUUACAUACCGAAUUACAGUACAUCCAUCGACCAUUUCCUUCCUCACGUCGGUGGUAAGCCAGUGCUCGAUGAUUUACAGAAAACGCUUGGGUUUUCCGACGAGACCAUGGAAGCAUCGAGAAUGACAUUGUACAGGUUUGGUAACACAUCCAGUAGCUCAAUAUGGUAUGAGUUGGCUUAUGUAGAGGCAAAAGGUCGGGUUAAGAAAGGAAACCGGGUUUGGCAAAUGGCAUUUGGGUCGGGUUUUAAGUGUAAUAGUGUUAUUUGGCACGCAAUGAAGACCGUUGAUCAUGAUGAUGAGCUUAAUCCUUGGACAGAUGAGAUUGAUAGAUUUCCAGUAACGUUAAUGGAUAACAAUCCACUUCCCAUGUACUUCGAACCUUCCCAGUAA